CUCCUCCUCACGCCCCUGCGCGGAGGGCUGACUGCAGGCGCGGCUCCGGGAGAGAGCGCCUUUACCGAGAGCAGGGUGCGCUUCCCCAGUCGGUUCUGUGAGUCCUGCAGCUGUGCCGCACGACGGCGCGACUUUCCUCUGGUCCCGGGACGGCAGUGAGACAACUUGGAAAACUUCUCUGGGGCGGACUGCAGGGACGCCGGGCACCAGUGGCAGAGAACGUAAGAGAGCGAUAGAUGGUCCUGGGUGUCCCCGGACCUCCGGCCAGGCUACGGUGCUCCAGAGCCAUCUGCACCGCCUGGGGGGACGGCCCCCAACAGUAGCGGAGCUAGGGUGGCGCUUUCUCCUGCGUACUGUGAGUUUGGCCAGCAUCUUUCUCUCUGGACAUGUCCGGCCCCGCCAUGGUCCACCAGGAGCCCUACUCGGUGCAGGCCACCGCCGCCAUCGCGUCGGCCAUCACCUUUCUCAUCCUCUUCACCAUUUUCGGCAAUGCGCUGGUAAUUCUGGCUGUGUUGACCAGCCGCUCUCUCCGUGCACCACAAAACCUCUUCCUGGUGUCACUGGCAGCAGCCGACAUCCUAGUGGCUACUCUUAUCAUCCCUUUCUCUCUGGCCAACGAGCUGCUGGGCUAUUGGUACUUCUGGCGUGCGUGGUGCGAGGUCUACCUGGCGCUAGACGUGCUCUUCUGUACCUCCUCCAUCGUGCACCUGUGUGCCAUCAGUCUGGACAGAUACUGGGCAGUGAGCCGAGCAUUGGAGUACAACUCCAAGCGCACUCCACGCCGCAUCAAAUGCAUCAUCCUCACCGUGUGGCUCAUUGCAGCCGUCAUUUCUCUACCGCCCCUCAUCUACAAGGGCGACCAGCGCCCAGAGCCCCACGGGCUCCCCCAGUGUGAGCUCAACCAAGAAGCCUGGUACAUCUUGGCUUCCAGCAUCGGAUCUUUUUUUGCUCCCUGCCUCAUCAUGAUUCUCGUCUACCUGCGAAUCUAUGUAAUUGCCAAACGCAGCCACUGCAGAGGUCUCGGAGCUAAGAGGGGCUCUGGGGAGGGUGAGUCCAAGAAGCCCCAUCCGGCCGCCGGGGGAGUUCCAGCCUCGGCUAAAGUGCCCACCCUGGUCUCUCCUCUAUCUUCUGUCGGAGAGGCUAAUGGACACCCCAAGCCUCCAAGGGAGAAGGAGGAGGGGGAGACCCCUGAAGAUCCCGAAGCCAGGGCUUUGCCACCCAAUUGGUCUGCCCUGCCCAGAUCAGUCCAGGACCAGAAGAAGGGGACUAGUGGGGCAACUGCAGAGAAGGGAGCUGAAGAGGAUGAAGAGGAGGUGGAAGAAUGUGAACCCCAAACACUGCCAGCUUCUCCUGCCUCAGUAUUCAACCCACCCUUGCAGCAGCCUCAGACUUCCCGGGUGCUGGCCACGCUACGUGGCCAGGUGCUUCUGAGCAAGAAUGUGGGUGUGGCCAGUGGGCAGUGGUGGCGCCGUCGGACACAGCUGAGCCGAGAGAAGAGGUUCACCUUUGUGCUGGCGGUGGUCAUUGGUGUUUUUGUGGUCUGUUGGUUUCCUUUCUUCUUCAGCUACAGCCUGGGGGCCAUCUGCCCACAGCACUGCAAGGUACCCCAUGGCCUCUUCCAGUUCUUCUUCUGGAUUGGCUACUGCAACAGCUCUUUGAAUCCUGUCAUCUACACCAUCUUCAACCAGGACUUCCGCCGUGCCUUUCGAAGGAUCCUUUGCCGGCAGUGGACCCAGACUGGCUGGUGAGCCUGCCUGCUCCGGGCCAGUGCCAGGCAGGGUUAGUGCCAGGACCACCCGGUGGUAGUCUGCCACCUCCGCAGUCUAUGUGACCAUUUCCCUGGGGCCCAUUUGCAGACCUCAUCCUCAGACACCCCUGAAGGGGAAAGGACAAAUGUGCUGUUCCCAGGGGCUCAUUUGAAACCUUCCCUUGCUGACUGUACUGUGGGAUACCUCUUCCCUGCUCUCUCUUCAGGAAGGGUAGCUUGGACCUUCUCGAACGUGGCCAAGGCUGAUUAGAAUACCUCCCUCCCAGCCACCUGUAAGCCAACAGGCAGGCUUCCCUUUCCUGGAGACCCCCUGUGCCUUGGCAGGCCACUUGUGGUGGUUUUCUUUCUUUCUCAUCAUAUUCUUCUCUUCUCUUUUAUUGUUCAUUUCAUUUCUUUUUUUUUUUUUUUUUUUUUUUUGAGACAGGGUCUCAUGUAGCCCAGACCAGUCUCAGACUUGCUAUGCAGCCUGAGGCUGAUCUUAAGAUUCUGCUUACCUCUCCAGCAUGAGAAGUAACAAUGCUCACCACCAUACCUGGUUUACCUGAUGCUGGGGAAUGAAGUCGGGGCUUCAAGCAUGCUAGGGAAACAUCCAACCAACCGAGUUAUAUCCCCAGCCUUGAUCUUCCUCAUGCCUUUCAAAGAGCCGGAAGCCCAUCUUCUACAUUUCCCAGGAGGACCUGAUGCUGAGAAAGAGGACAAAAGGAAGAGGAUUCAGCCGUGCUGAGCACCUGUGGUUCUCCUUGGCUGUUGCGGUGGCUGGUUAUGGUCUAGUGCUGGUUGCUGGGUUUUUUGUUUGUUUUGUUUUGUUUUGUUUUUAAGCUUUGUAGCGUCUUUAAGGCUAGAAGCAUGGGUUGUUUUCUCACUCAGCAUCCCUCUGGGAGGCAAGUGGGCACGUGGAUGCCUCAGUGGAAUGGUCUGGAAUCCUGGCCUCGACCUCACUAAGGUCCUGAUCACUGGCAUUCAACCUCGCAGAGAGCAGGGUGACAAUUGCCUGCCGCCUACUUGCAGCAGGGAGAUGAAAGGCUUUGCAGAGAGCUUUGAGCUCCAUGGGGGAAAUGCGCUAGAGAGCCAGCAAAUGUGAUUAUCUGGUGAUAUAAAAAUCCCUUUCCUGUGUGUUUACCACUGUGAGCCUUCCUGUAGACUUUUGUUCUGUGCUUGGGGUGUGUGAAUUCCUACCCCAAACUGGAAGUGGGUUGAGGUGCACGGAGUCACUCUUUCAAAUUCCGGAAUUUCUUUGAGAAUGCUUUCUUGUGCCUGAAAAGGUUUGAGUUAUUAUGCUGUUGUCAGCUUCUCCAUCUGUUACCUGUAACAGAGUUUUCAGUGGCUUGGCCCCAACCCCAUUAGGGGAUAAGCUCUUUGUCAUUGAGCAGGCAAAUCGUUUUCCUAAGCUAAAAAUACUUACAUCAAGGAAGCAGUCUGAGAUGAGAUCCUCAGGUGGGGUGCUGGGGCUAGAACAGGCAGCCAAGGCCCUGUGGACUCCUGGGAUAGCCACCCUCUGUGGGGUCCCAGACAACUCUCUGAACCCCAUGUAACACCUUUGGAGACAGAAGGAGACCCCAGCUCAGAAGGAUGUCUCAUUAGCUGUUACGAACCCUCAUGGCGAUACAGCUGUGCACUAGGGUGUCUCUACCUCCUGGUUGUCUCCCCGACUUAGAAAUUGCUCCCCAGAGUGACUGGGGAUGCAUCUGGGCCUUCCCCACAAGCAGCCUGACUUCAGCUUUGGGCAAUAGACCUCUUAGCCUCAGGGAAGGGGUAGAUUGAGCCAUGCAGGCUACAAGCUACACAGGCUAUUAGCCCAGGGUGGGUUUAUCAGAUUUUGAAGGUGCUAAGGGAGUUUUCUCGGGUAAAGACAAAGAUGGGUCCUAAAUUGAAUUCCUCUUGGAGAGGAUGAAUAGCUUGGUCCUUGGUUGGUUGCUGUUUCGAGGCUAGGACAUUGAUUUGGGGUGUGGCUGAGGGGUUGGUUUGGUUUUUUGUUUUUGUUUUUUGUUUGUUUGUUUGUUUUUGAGACAGGGUUUCUCUGUGUGACCCUGGUUACUCUGGAACUCACUCUUUAGACCAGGCUGCCCUUGAACUCACAAAGAUUUGCCUGCCUCUGCUUCCCGAGUGCUGGGAUCAAAGGCGUACACUACCACUGCCUGGCAGCAGGGCAGAUUUGUAACCAUCUGCUGGCUGAUCUUGUGUAUGCUUCAUGGGACCCAAGCCCCCUGUUGUGACAUAUAGGUGUUUCUAAGACUCUGAGCUAUUUUAUCAAUAAAGGCUAUUUUUUAAUAAGCAA